AUGGCUGGUGGUGAUUUGGAGGAAACGGCACCACCGCCACCACCACUACCAGCACCGCCAUCUGUGUCAACAUCUGCGUCGCUUCCCGUGGGGCACACUGGUGCUGUGCCACCACUGCUUCCACCAGCCCUCCAUUCUGGUGGUGGUGGUGGUGGCGGCGGCGGUGGCGGUGUUAGCACUCGAGCUCGCUAUGUCAACGUUCUGGCCAGUUCCGGUGGCGGGUCGACGAAAACUGCGACUCUCACUCCACCUUUGCCCACCCCUCACCCCUUGUGA